UUUUUUAAAUCCAUUUAAAUUUUUACAGGUGUGGAAAAUGUAUGGUAACUAUGGGGUCAGAGAGUAAUUAUUUACUGACAAUAGAUAUUGAGAUUCAGAAAGUUAAAGCUUUAUAACCAUUAAAACGCAAAUUACCAACGUAACAUAUUAAAGCAAAAAGUAAAUAUGCUUAAAUCAAUCUCUAAUAAAAGUUCUUGCAGCAUUUUCCUUACUUUGCCUAUCUGUAAACUUCAGUUACCAUCAAUGGAAAUAUUUGUUCCUUGGUUUGUGUGUGUACAGAGAAACCAAUGUCUACUGAUAAACGUAAUCCUUCCAAGUCUAUUGAUAUGCCACUUACCUUAGUUCAUAGCUGCAGGUUUUUUAUGUGACUCCCAGAAACUUCUCAUAUCACAGCUUUUUAAUGCAGGAAGAGCCCACAUACUCUGGUGUGAAGAGAAUGGCUGUGACUUUAGAACAGGCCCAGAGGGUGGGCUAUACGCUUCUGAAAGGACUCCUGAGGUUCGGCUUCAUGGUUGCCAAUAACCUGGUUGCUAUUCCAUCCUACAUCUUGUAUUUAAUUAUACUGCAGCCUCUUCGACUGUUGGAUAGUAAGCGGUUCUGGUAUAUCGAAGGAGUAUUAUUUAAAUGGCUUUUAGCUAUGGUGGCUUCCUGGGGCUGGUGGGCAGGAUAUACAGUAGUCGAAUGGGGAGAUGAUGUUAAAGUGGUUUCAGAAGAUGAAGCCAUGAUGUUGGUGAACCAUCAAGCAACAGGAGAUGUCUGCACGCUAAUGAUGUGCCUUCAGGAUAAAGGCACGGUUGUCCGUCAGAUGAUGUGGCUGAUGGAUCAUAUUUUUAAGUAUACAAACUUUGGGAUUGUAUCGCUGAUCCACGGAGACUUCUUUAUAAAACAGGGAAAAGCUCACCGUGACGAGCAGCUUGUGCUCCUAAAGGAACAUUUAGACAAACAUUACAGGAGCCGUGACCGGAAGUGGAUUGUACUGUUUCCAGAGGGCGGCUUUCUUAGGAAAAGGAGGGAAACAAGCCAGGCAUUUGCCAAGAAAAACGAUUUGCCAUUUCUUACACAUGUCACCCUGCCAAGACUGGGAGCAACACAAGUUAUUCUGAAAUCACUUGUAGCUCAGCAAGAAAAUGGAACCCCAGCAGGUGGAGAUGCGAUGGUUGCAGAGAGCAAAUCAAAAGGUCUUCAGUGGGUGAUAGAUACAACCAUUGCUUACUCUAAUGAAGAACCUAUAGACAUCCAGACCUGGAUUCUUGGCUACAGACGACCAACUGUCACACAUGUACAUUACAGGAUUUUUCCAAUUAAAGAUGUACCUGCACAGCCUGAAGCCCUCACUGAUUGGCUAUAUCAACGAUUCAUUGAAAAAGAGGAUCUCUUGUCACAUUUUUACAAAACAGGAGCAUUUCCUCCUCUUCAGGGUCAAGCAAAGGGCUAUUUCCCGAGAGAUGACCCUCAACACUUGUGGCUAAUUGUCAUACAGUCCCUUGCAUUUUUGUCGGGCGUUAUGUGGUACUGCAUCCUUCGGUAUUUUUAUCAUUGCCUAUUUUAGAAGUGGAAAGGGACCUGAGGACACUUUGAGAAACCAGGCUCUUGCAAACCUGCAUCAUGUUUAUGUGUGCAAAUGUGGAUAUACAAGAGUAAAGGAAAAUGCUGGAUGGAUUUUAACCCCUCUUAGGGGAGAUUUUAAACUCCACUAAAAGUGAGGAUCAAUAAUAUCGUGACCUGAUGAUGUAUUUUAAGAACUGUCCGUAUUUUUAAAUGGUGGAUACCCCCCACACUCUUAAACAAAUUCAGCAUUUGGACAAGAGGUGCAAUUGUACAACCACCGUAGAAGAAAGUCUGCAACAAAAAAGUUCUAACAUCGCAGGUAUUUCUCGGCAUUGUAGUUAAAACUCAGAAAAUUCAUCAAUUUUGUUUUCUCCAGUAGUCUGCACUAAAAAGUUGUGUGGUUAGAGAUCCUUUAUUUGCAAAAACUCAAGUUUUACUGCUGGGAUCAGUUAAACAUAUUCUGCAGAGCUGGUUACAGUAUCUUAACUGCUCCUUGAUCAGCCAUCGUUGUAUUAGACACGCCAUUCCUAGGACAACACCCAAGUGAGAGCCAGUGUCAGCAAUGUUUUUUGGGAGAAAAGUGCUCUGAAAGAUGUUUCAGUAUCAUAAUGUGUUUAAAAAUUAUGUGCAUCUGAUAAAUCAGCCCAUUACCAUUGAGUUCCAUGUUCCAGUGUAUUCCUUUUUGUGAGGGAACUUUAAAAAGUCACAUCACUUGAUUAGUUCCCUUUGUGGUUAAAAUGUGUUCCAUAAUUGAUGAUUGUCUUUUGCAAAUGCACU